AUGUUUGGCAAUAUAAAAAUAGUGCUGCUGCUGCUCUUAAGUCAGGCAUUGACCCAGGAAGCCGAACACCACCAUUUGGCUUUCCUGGCCAAUCUCAUCGAAAGUAUCCACAAAGAAGAACCGAUUCAGACUCUACUCAUGCUGCAGCACCAUCAGGACAAGGACUGCUCGAUUCAAGACUUGCAUCCCGAGGGUAUACCCAUCCUACGAGCCAACGAAUUCGCCAAAUUUAAUGUGAUGAAGAACUACAACCAAAUGGAGGCACUAGGAUUGGUCUGCCUGGGGAUACACUCCAACGUAAUGGUGCUCUUGAAUGCCCUGGCCAUGGCAUUCAGCCAUAUGCGACAUGUGCGAAUCAUUCUGUGGAUGCAAGGGAACCCAACCGAGGACUUCCUCAAGCAAAUCUCCGACCAAACCGAAGAGCAUAACUUUCUUCAAAUGCUCGUUCUGGGUUAUCACAUAAGUGGAGAAGUUACCAUCCAUCGAUUAAAUGCAUUUCCCAGUGCUCGCUUCGAGAAAAUUGAGCAUAUUUCGAGCAUUAAAGCACCAAUUUUCCAUCAGAGAGAGCUCAAUUUCCAGGGAAAGAAGGUCAUUGUGUUGCCCAAGCGAGCUCUGCCCGUAAAUAUUACCACCAAGUAUGCGCCGACUGGUUCUUUCCCCAUCACCCGGAUCGAGGACAGGCAGAUCAUUGAGUUUGCUUUGAGAUACAAUUUGACAUUGGUACUAACGGAGAAACAGGACUUCGAUGUGACUGAUCCGUAUUCCGAUAUUCAGUUCAAUCCACGCCCAGUCUUGAGUAACGAUCUUGUCGGCCAAAUUGAAUGUGUUAAUACUUUCUCUCUGUCCUCGCUGAUGGUUGUCGUUCCCUGCGGCAGGGUGACCAGCAUUACAGAUGUUUUCCAUAAGCUGGACUUGAGGACUUGGUUCUUGUACAUCCUCUCCGUCUAUGCCACGUUCGUGGUGGCGGAGACCGUCAUUUUGGUUGCAACCCAUCGAAUCUCAGGCCGUUCCUAUCGUCUAACCAACCUGAAUCCCUGUGUGAAUAUGCGCGCCUUCAGGGCCAUCCUGGGACUCCCCUUUCCCAUUGGCCCCAAACUGACCGUAUCGCUCCGUAUGCUUUUCCUGGCCAUGAUUUUGUUCGGAAUGAUCUUCAGCAACUUCUUCAGCUGUAAGCUGAGCUCCCUGCUGACCAAGCAUCCCCUGCAACCUCAGGUGGAUAGCUUCGAGCAAUUGCAAAAAAGUGGUCUGACCGUAAUUGGAGAUAGAUCCGUGCAACCCUUCAUCGAGAGUGAGGUUGAUGAAGAGUUCAUCAGGCAAUAUUUACCAAAAUUGGAAUAUCGGGACGCUAUGGAGCGGGUUCUAUUGAUGAUGUCGGCGAACGAUAGUCUCGCCUUUAUAGUUUUUAUAGAGUUCUGGAGAGUAUUCGAUACUUCUCAGCAGAGUACUGGACGGAAGACCUUAUGCGAGUCAAAGCACCUAUCAAUCAUGCAGAACCUACCGAGGAUGCCAGAAUUUGUUCCUUUAUCCCUCAAAAAUUUUAAAUGGCUUUUCUGGAUCCUUGGCUGUGGCUACGGAUUGGCCACUUUGGUCUUUCUUGUGGAAGUCUAUAUGGGAAAUAGGAAGAGAAAGGUUGAAAGUAAGGUACCUGUUCCUUCAGGAGACCAGGAGAUCGCCACGGUCUAA